AUGCCGGCCAAAUCUCAUGUUCCUAAAGGGAAGGGGAACAUGGCUCAUCCUUCCCUUUGGCUCUUCUCUGUACUGAUCCUCUUUCUGAUGAUCACUGGGGGUCUCAGCUCGAGGCCACGGAUGGCCGCCAAUGUCCCUGAAAAUGACAACAGUUUCCCAAACCGGGAUUCCUGGAUGCGAGUUACCCCGUACCAACACAGGCAAGGGAUGGGUAACCGUCAAACGGACCGUGACGAGAUGCCGCCCGGGUCUCCGGGCUCCAGAGAAACCGGUGGUCCCAGCUUCGGGGGUACAGAAUCGGGGCUGGAUCGGCCGGCCAACCUCCGUCAGAAAGGGGCUUUUGUGGGGUUUGCUUUCCCAUACCCCGAACAGGAGAACCACAACAACCCGGGGCCCGAGAGAGCGAAGAAGCAGGGCCGGGCGCAUCGGCGCCAUACGCGAAGGAAGAGGCUGAAACAACACCGAGGGAAAGGCUCCAAGCUGAGACCACGGGCCUUGGUGAAAAAGCCGGACAGCCUUGUGGAGCAUUUUCGGCCCUUCCAAGGGGAAGGAGCUGCACCCCAGCUCCGUGAAUGGCAAGAAGGUGAUGUUAUGCCCACCCUGGACAUGGCUCUCUUCGACUGGACGGACUACGAAGACCUACGUCUGGACCUGUGGACCUCUGACAGGAAAAAAGGGCGGACUCACAAAAGCAGCAAUGAGACCACGUCGGCCGAAGGGGAGCCCUGCGAUCAUCACUUGGACUGCCUCUCAGGUAGCUGUUGUGAUUUGCGCGAACACCUCUGCAAGCUGCACAACCGGGGGCUUAACAACAAAUGCUACGAUGACUGUAUGUGCACCGAAGGUCUCCGCUGUUACGCCAAAUUCCACCGGAACCGCAGAGUCGUCCGACGAAGAGGCCGCUGUGUGGAGCCGGACUCUGCGGAUGCCAAUCAGGGGUCUUUCCUUAACAUCUAG